GCUUGUUCCGCGGCCAGCGAACGCGUCACACACGGAAUGCAAGGGUGCACGGGGAUAUUCCACGGGGGCGUGGCCUGGGAUAGCCCAAUUCGUUUAUUAACUUACAUUCGGUGACCGGCCGGGAAGUUAUUAGUCAUGGUAAUAUUCUAUUAGGGAAACACGGGCACUACCAGGGCAUAAAAAGAUGAACACGAUGAGUUCACCUGUCACUGCGGCAUUGGAAGUCGGUGACAGAGGUCGUCAGCUGAUCCAAAACGUGAGAGAGAGAAAUUGGAAAGGGCCAGUUUGAUUCGAGUCGCGCAGAACAGUGUACAACACAACUUAGUUACAGUAGACGAGAAAUCAAGCCUUUUAGGUGUGUACCAGUGAAGUUAAAAAGGAGGUAAUAGUCUGUCGUUUGGCUUUUUUUUGUGAAGAUGAAGACCGCUUCGAGACAGAUGUUGCAGGUUGUGGCUCUCUUGAGCUGUGUUGCUGUAAUUAGUGUCUUCGGAGACUGUGUCAGUGAUGAGGCGAGGAGCGUGGAGGACAGGACUCGUCGGGUCCCGCUGGUCAUCAAGGGAGUCGUGGUCGCUCGCGGGCAGACUGGUAAUCCCCGCACGUUCACCAUCCGCGUCGGCAAGAUCCUGAAGGGUGGCAACGAGUCGGUGGCCAGCUCCCAGGUCGAGAUAGCCGUCUCGGAGGGUAUCCAAACCAGGGGAACCUCCACCUUCAGCCCAGCUACCCCCGACGGGCGGGCGAGCAACGCCACGAGCAUCGUGACGGAUGAUGACGGGUUGGCCGAUGGGACGACAGUUGUGAUGAUGACCGGGGCGGGCGAGCUGAUGAGCAGCACCCCGCAAGAGGUAACGCUCGCCCCAUGCCUGGACGGACUCAACCUGCUGGACCGCUACAUCUUCUUCCUGCAGCCCAUGGAUAAGGAGGGCAGGAUCUUUGAGGUUGUUGAAGAUGGGCUUCCCCAGACCCGGGAAAACCUGAGACGAGUCAGACAGACGGUCAAGGAGGAAUAUGAUGCUAACGAUACCCUGCCGGAAGACGACCACAGGAGUCUGUGCACAGAACCCAAGUACGUCAACCACUAUUGCUUCAACGGAGGCACGUGCGCAGUCUGGAUCAACCAGGAUAAGUACUUCUGCAUAUGCAAUUAUCCCUACUAUGGUGAAAGGUGUGAACAUGUCGAUCCAGCUUUGCAAGCAGAGGAUCGCCCAGUUGUCAUCAACGACACAACUCUAGCUAUAGCUGUCAUCAUGUCCACACUUCUUGUUCUUACGGUCAUCUGCAUAAUGGCUUACAUCAGAUACAAGAAUUCUAUUUGGCGGGAAAGGAAGAGAGAAGUUGAGAAGACUCUGAAAUACUUACAGGAGCGCUACCCCUCCACACCGUCCCGGAGAAACAGUCCACUCCCAGGCAUCUCAAGAUUAAACAACAACUCGGCCAUCAACGUUGAGGAGGGCGCCCAACAGAUGAUCGUCUUUCAAGACGCCGAGGGCAGACAGUCGAGACAGGGAUCGCUGAGCUCCACCCAGUAUCGGCUCCUCACAGAGGUGCUAACCCACCAGCCUGUGUCCCACAGGGCAAGCGUGGAUUUCACGGAGCACACUUCGCAUCGAGACUCGGCAAGAUCGAGCGUCGUUUAGCAUACUCUGUUUUUCUUUUGUUUUGUACAUAGACUUAAGUUAUUUUGUUUCUUUUAUCGGUGGCACAUAGCCAUUUUGGACCAACCGAGGGCGCUGUGAGAUUGUGCAAAUGUGCAUGCCACAAUAUAUACUCCUUCGUACCGCUUCCAUAAAACAACAGCUGGAAACGGCUGCCAAUCUCUGCAAGAAUAGUGUGAAAAGAGGGCAAAGCACUGUGGGUAAACCUACGUUUAACCCAGCCGCUCGUGCAUUUUCGUUGUGGACCUAUAGGUCACAUGCAGAUUCAAGCAGAACGUAGUUAAAUUAGCCUCCGCCAUUGGCAUGUGGGGGCGGGAAAAUUUUACUUUAAUGGUGAUUCCAAAAUAGUACAGCGCCCACUUAUGUCCAAAUCUGAAUGCUGAGGACCAACGAAAAGUGGAGUGACCAAGUUUAACAGCGACAGGCAGAUAGAGUAAUGGAGGAGUACUAAGACUAAGUACUAUCAGAGCUUUGAUCAGAGAUGAUUUCCUAUCUAAUGGCUACCAGCAUGAUGGUGGUCGACUUGUAUUAGUAUACAGAAGUGAGAAAAGACGUUUCUGUUUCUGUUUGAUGGACUCUUUUGAGGGCCAGUUCAUGAAAGCAUUUUUUUAAAAACUAAUUUUUUUGCUGGCUGCAGAAUUGCCGAGGAUCGUAGUUGUUUGUAUGUUGAUAAUAUUGUUGGUAGUGUAGAUGAUUACACAUUAACCUAUACUGCGCUUUUCCGGUCUGCAUCUUAGUAUCUUGAUUGACAGAGUCAAUAGUGUGAUUAACUCUCUCUCUCAAGAGAGAGAUUAUCUUCCUUUAGAAGAACAUUUAUCAGUUUAUUCCAUCUGCUGGUGGAAACUGUCAAGUAUUUAGGCGCGUGGAAACGUGAGCACGUGAUUCGAGUCUCUUUUUGCGCCGAUUUGUAACUCUAUCAGUGUAAAACUUAAUAGGGUAGAGAGGGUAUCGCGGAUAACUUCGAAGCAGCGCAGAAACAAACCCUGACCCUUAAACAGAUGGUAAAUACUGCAGUUUCUUCUGGUAAUUUGCAGCAUGCAGUUGAAGUUCAUCCCUGGCUUCUCAGCAAACCAUGACGUCAUUGCAUUUUAUGUACGCCUUGGUCAUCCAGUACAAGAAGCAAUAAACGUCACAACAUAAUGACACCAAGCUUUAUUCAAAUAAUGAGGCGCUUUCCUAAAACAAGUGAUGUGAGACAAGAUCCACCAGCGCCCCCCCCCCAAAAAAA